GUUUAUUCUAUAUGGCACAGCUAGUUGCACGCUGAUAACUCAUCAAUGGACUUGGAAGCUAAAGAUGAAGAAGAAGAGAGUCUGCAGACAGCUUUCAAAAAGCUGAGAGUGGAUGCAGCAGGAUGUAUUGCAGCUCUGUCUGUGGGCGAUGGGACGAUUCUCAGAACACCGAUAAGAGCAGCCAUGGAUGGAGCCAAGCAACAGACCAUCUGCUCGAAGGAAGCAUGGCAUGGGUGUGUGAGAAAGCCUUCCAGAGGAACGGCAAGAGUCCCACGUCGCAGACGCUCCAAGUCUCCUGUCCUGCAUCCUCCCAAGUUUACGUAUUGCAAUAUGAAAGCCAACAGCCAGCUGAAACACAAAACCCAGGCAGACACAUCAAAGGGUAAUAUCAGUUCAGACAUUUUCGUUACAGCAGAACACGGUACGAAGGACAGGCACGAUUCUCACUUUGAGGCCAGUCAUGACAGAACUGAACCUUUGGAAGCUUUCACCACUGAAGAGCCUUUGGAGAAGUCAAGAGAGAAUUGCCCUGCUCUCUCCUCAUCCUUUGAAACUAGCUUGCAUUCUAGCCAAACCUCAGAUUUCCAGACCUUAUCCAUGCUCAGCAACAGCAAGCAGUGCCCUUGUACGGACAAGAAAUGCCAGUGCAAACAGUGGCGAACCAUGGAGGUGUACUCCUUCUCCGGCUUACGGAGCGUCCUGUCAGAGUGCGAAAAGGCGGUCCUAGGAGUCCAUGCCCAGUCGCUUCAAAAUAGAUCCCCUUGUGGGACAGCCUCUUCAGGUUCUCCUAGAUCUUGUUCUGAACAAGCUCGAGCCUUUGUGGAUGACGUGACUAUUGAAGAUCUUUCGGGAUACAUGGAGUACUACCUGUAUAUUCCCAAGAAAAUGUCUCACAUGGCAGAAAUGAUGUACACCUGA